AUGCCAUUGCUGGUCGUUAUUAGCGGCCCCUCAGGUGUGGGGAAAGAUGCAGCCAUUGCUGAGUUGAAAAAGAAAGACAAACCCUGGCACUUCGUCGUGACUGCGACCACACGCGCGCCAAGACCAGGCGAAAGCGAUGGAAUAGACUACAUCUUUCUGGACGAGGGCACGUUCAAAAAACUUCGAGAAGACGAUCAGCUCUUGGAAAGUGCCGAGUAUGCCGGCCGCUGGUACGGUGUGCCCCGGAGCCAGGUAGCGGAAGCAAUGGAAACCGGCAAGGAUGUAUUUCUGAAAAUCGACGUCCAGGGAGCCGAGUCAAUUCGGGCACUUGCUCCGGAGGCUCUUUUUAUCUUUCUGGCUCCCGGGUCCAUCGAAGAAUUGGCCGGCCGAUUGAACCGGCGGCAAACAGAAACCCCCGAAGAACUGGAAAGGCGCCUCCAAAUUGCGCGCCAGGAACUGGCCCUUGCCGGGCAAUACGAUUACUGCGUAGUUAAUCGUGACGAUAGCCUGGAUCAAGCGGUGGCAGAAAUCGAAGCCAUAAUCGUUGCGGAAAAAUGUCGCGUACGACCCAGGAUUGUGCGGUUUUCAUAA